UAUUACACUCUUGAACUCUCUUCUUGUUUCCAUCACUUUUCCAAGAAAAGAACUCUUCAAGAUCAAGUCUUUGCCUUUGAACACUUCUCAUUUCUCCUCUUUUUUUCCCUCUUUGGAAUUUUCAAAAAACAAAGUCCAAAACUUUAUAAAGGGCUCUAAUUUGCAUGGCAAUCAUUUAUUAGUAUCUUCAAAUUACACAAUAAACUUUCUUUUUCUUUUCUUGGAUCUUCUUCUUCCUAUUCUCUUCUCUUUUUUGACUGAUAAAGUGACUAUUUUUUUUCAUUCCCAAGAAAAUAUUCAAAGUACAAAAGGGUAAAUAAAUAUCUCUAUUUCUCUAACUUUAGAUCUGUAAAAAUAUUGUCUCCCAACAAAGCCCUUUUUCUUGGUUUUUAGUACUAUGAUUCAUUAAUUUCUUCAAAAAAAUAAAAAAAUAAAAAAUUAUGAUUAGGCAAAAUUGGAAUGGAGAAGAAUGCAACAAUAAGGUGAGGAAAAGGGGAGGAUCAUCAUCAUCUUCAUCUUCAUUAGUACAAAGUUAUAGGCUAAAAAGGGCAGUUUUGGUAGGAAAAAGAGGAGGAGGGUCAAAUAGUACAACACCAGUACCAUUGUGGAAAAUGAAUUCAAGGUCACCAUCAUUGCAGAAUGAUAGUGGAAAUAGUAGUAAGUUAUUCAAGAAUCUACAGCAGCAAACAGCAAAAGGAACUGCUACUGAUUUGUCAGUUUCAGCAAGAAAACUUGGUGCUACUUUGUGGGAAAUCAAUGGGGUUCUUCUUCCUAUACCUAAAAAGGAGGAGAAUUUUUUGAAGUCAUCAUCAAAAUUUGGUGCUCUUCCUUCUCAUCCUUCUCAAAUUAGUCCAGUUUCUGAGAGAAUGGAGAGAUCUAACUUGGACAGUGAUAGAAGAAGAACUUCAAUUGGUUCUCAGAGAAUUCUGCAAACUGAUUUCUCUCUCCAAAAUGGUUGCUUGAUUGAGGUUGAUCAGACACAGAAUCGUGGAUCGAGUGUUGAUAGGCAUCGGUUGAAGGAUGUCAAGAAUGGACUCUCCGCGUCUAAGGAGUUGUUGAAGGUUUUGAAUCGCGUGUGGGGUGUUGAAGAGGAUCAAUCAGUAUGUCUAUCCCUUUUCUCAGCUAUGAAAGCUGAGCUUGAUCGUUCGUGUAUCCAGGUGACUAAGUUGAUUCAUGAACAAAGAUAUAAUAACUACCAUGGUGAAGUUGAUGUCCUGUUGAAGCAGUUUGAGGAAGAAAAGGCGUCGUGGAAGUUGAAAGAGCAAGACAAGAUUUACGCGGCUAUUACAUCUAUAGCCAAGGAGCUCAAGGUAGAGAAGAAGUUGAGGAAGCAAACCGAGAGGCUAAACAAGAAGCUCGGUAAGGAAUUGGCUGACACGAAAACUUCUCUGUCUAAGGCAACGAAAGAGCUUGAAGGCGAAAAGAGGGCAAGAGAGAUAUUGGAGCAAGUGUGUGAUGAAUUAGCUAGAGGUAUCGGAGAAGACAGAGCUGAGGUAGAGGAAUUGAAGAGACAAUCGGUUAAAGUUCGUGAGGAGGUGGAGAAGGAAAGAGAAAUGCUUCAACUAGCUGAUGUUUUACGUGAGGAAAGAGUUCAAAUGAAGCUAUCGGAAGCCAAGUAUCAAUUUGAGGAGAAAAAUGCAGUUGUUGAUAAGCUAAGGAAUGAGCUCGAGGCCUACUUGAGAUCCAAAAAGGGACAAGAACAUGGUGGUGAGUCUCCGAAUUAUGAAAGGAUCAAGGAACUCGAGAGGCAUUUGAGAGAAACGCUUCCAAGCACGUGUUAUUACCAAGAUAAAGAGAAGGAAAACGGGGAAGUCCUUGAUAAUGAUGAUGAUGAUGAUGAAGAUGACGAUGACAAUGAUUCAGCUGACAGUGAUCUUCAUUCAAUCGAACUAAACAUGGACGAUAACACCAAAAGCUACCAAUGGUGCAGCGCUCUUCAGGACGAUCCAAAGAGAUGUUCUGUUUCUAACAAAAGCAAAGGGAGAAGGUCUUCCAUCUCGGAGAAGUUCCCAAGACAGAGUAUUUCCAUAGAGAGGGAAACAUCAGAUGGCAUAGAAUGGGAAUUCUCCGCGGGGGGAGGUAAGGAGAACAUGUCCACGUUUGACACAUCCGAUAAAGGGAGAUCAAACUUCGAUUUCUCUUCUCAAGUUUGGAAAAAAGACUGCGAAGACGAGAUAGAGAGGUACAAAAUGAUCAAGGAUCUUCGAGAUCAUAUCGUCUCUGCUUCACAAAAAACGCCAUCUCAACAAACCUUUCCGAGUCCAACUAACAAUUGGAGCCAACAGAAUUUGCCUUCUAGUGAUGCAGAAAGAGUGAUCAAUGAGGCAUUUGCUGUCUUACAAGGAGCAAAUUGAAGAAAUAUUUUCUGCUGUUUGAUACAUUGUUUUUACAUAAUUAAAUGGAAAUAUUUUCAACUGUUUUUUUCUUUUUUCUGAAAGCAAUAUAGUUAAAUACAAUUUUGUGGUUUGCCCUUUUGUAUGACAUAUAAAAAUGUACAAAUUUUUGCUACUCUUCUUUUGGUGGUAACAAAGAUGUUUUAUAAGUAUAUUAGAGUAUUAUCUUGUGAACAUUUUUAUCUUUAAUACUACUUGACUUGUUAUUGA